ACGGCAAGAGCUUUUAAAAUACUGUAAAACUCGAUAAUCGUUGGCGAUCUUCUUCUUCUUCUUCUUCUUCUUCUUCUUCCUUCGAGUCGCUGUAUUCAACGCCCAAACUUUAAUACGAUCUCUCAGCUGUAAUUUCUAUAAUCUCAUCAAUUCUCUAUCUUAGGGGUAAGCUAUGGGAUGUGCUGCUUCUCUUCCAGACAGGAACUCUGGAGCGUUAAAUGGUCUUAACAGUUCAGAGAAUGCAGUUCCUGCAGAUGCGAAAAAUUUACGCGUGAAGUUAGUUCUAUUAGGAGAUUCUGGUGUGGGUAAAAGCUGUAUCGUCCUUCGAUUUGUCCGUGGUCAGUUUGACGCAACAUCAAAGGUAACUGUUGGAGCUUCAUUCUUGUCCCAAACUAUAGCCUUGCAAGACUCUACCACAGUGAAGUUUGAAAUAUGGGAUACAGCAGGGCAGGAGAGGUAUUCUGCUCUUGCGCCACUAUACUACCGUGGAGCUGGAGUUGCUGUUAUUGUGUAUGAUAUAACAAGCCCUGAAUCGUUCAAGAAAGCUCAGUAUUGGGUUAAGGAACUGCAAAAGCAUGGCAGCCCAGAUAUUGUAAUGGCUUUGGUUGGUAACAAAGCUGAUCUACAUGAAAAAAGAGAAGUACCAACCGAGGAUGGUAUGGAGCUUGCAGAGAAGAACGGCAUGUUCUUUAUUGAGACGUCAGCCAAGACAGCAGAUAACAUAAAUCAACUGUUUGAGGAAAUAGGCAAGAGGCUACCUCGUCCUUCUCCUUCGUCGUCAUGAUUGGUGUGUUGGUUCAUCUUCAGGGGAAGCAAAAACCCUUUCCCGGACUACUAAUCUUUUCAUACUUUCAAUGUAAUAUGUCUGAACGGAAUUUAUCUCUGUUAAGUGUGUUGUUGUAUAAUCUUCAUUUGAGGUUGAAACU